AUGACGGGGGGGAUCUCGAGGGUGUCCUACUCAGGGAUGCUGCUCCUAGGGCCAGGGACUCUGCCCUUGCUGGCCCUGCUGGCUCUGCCCCUCUCCUGGGUCCAGGUGGGGAAGCUGAACGGGGAUGUGGUGGUGCAGUGUGACACAUUGGAGCCGCACAUCAGCUGGACACUGAACGGGGAGCAGGAGCCUAUGGCUGAACUGGUGGCCGAGGGCCAGAACCUCACCAUCCUCGGCUUGGACUUACCAGCCACGGGCAACUACAGCUGCUGGGCUGGCCCAGUCCUGCUGGACACCACCUACGUGGUAGUCAGCAGCACCUACGAAGAGGAGAUGGACGUGACCUGCCAGGCUGAGUCCUACCACGGCUCCUUCCACUGCUCCUGGCCCGGGCCCCCCUCUGCCGUCUUCCGUGCCCGCCUCACACACAGCGAUGGCUCCGUGGGUCUGUGGGUGCCAGUGGCCGGGGGCCACGGCCAGUUCAGCGUCAGCCUGGCCGACCCCUCAUUUUGCCCCUUCGGUGAGGAGCUGCGUCCGCUGCGGCUGCACCUGGAGGGGCUCUCAGAUACCUCCUACCUCAGCCUCUCUAGGCACUUCUUCCUCCGUGACAUUGUGCGUCCUGACCCGCCCCAGGAGCUGACCCUGCGGUGGCAGGGGGAGCAGCUCCACCUGGCCUGGGCACCCCCAGCCUCCUGGCAGCUCCCCAAGUCCUACUUCGCGCUGCUCUACCAUCUACAGUACGAGCUCCCCAACGGCACCCAGGUGGAGCGGUUCGUGGAGGGCGUGGAGGAGACACAGGUGCAAGUGGGUGCACAGCGAGUGCGCAUCAGCUGCCGGGACCCCUACACCCCCCCGGCUUGGAGCCCCUGGAGCCCCUGGCAGGACCUCAAUGCACCACAAUAA